AUGGUCUAUGAAUCUUUUUUUGGGCCUUAUUCACACGAAAUACAAUUGCUAAAACGAGGUGGUCUUAAGCUCUUUCUUCAGCGACUUGUACACUACGGCUCCUACUCUAGUUCGGAGGUCUCCAGCUCUGCCAUAGAUUCCGGUACCACAGAAAUCGCUGUUCUCACAGUUCAUGUUUCUCUGCAUCAGUUUGUCCUGCUCUGGCUGGCCAGAAUAACACGCCUUCUACUUCAGACAACUGCUUUUUCCCUUGCCCUCUCUGCCGCCGCCGCUAGUCUUGUUGCACCAACUUCAGCUAUAGACUCAAGUCAAGUUAUUGACACACAUUCAGAUAAAGCAUUUCCUACUCAAAGAAGUGUCCAUUUCCUCCAUAUUAUCGGAUUGGUUACCUCCAUGGAGCAGCACUUCUCAAGCUUCCGAAGCGAUUGCAACCAAUUCAGCGCCUCUUUCUUGUCCAACUCUUCAGGCUUGUAUAUCCUCAUCCAAAUACUCAUCACCUGCUUCUCCUUUACACCACAUCGCCUUUCCCUUCACUCCUUCUUCAUCUUCGAUCACCAUGUCUGCUUUUCUCGAUGGAUUUAUCCGUACCACUUGGUUGGCUUGUUUUGGCCUCGUCGGUCACUCCGGUGUCUACCCGGAUCACCUGCUGACACCAUCUGUGUCUGCAUCUUCGUCAGCACCUAUGCCAGUCGUCUCGCCUUUGAUACCAGCUAG